CAGCGUGGAUGUGGUGGGAGGGGAAAAGCCCCCGGCCACGUCCCCAGCCACGUCCACGGCCACGUCCCCAUUCCUGUCCCUGCUCGCGUUCCUGUCCACGUCCCCAGCACUGUCCUCAUCCAUCACCGCAGCCCAUUCGUGUCCCCAUCCCCAGCACUGUCCCCACGCGUGUCCUCAUCCCCAUCCAUGGCCACGGCCUCCUUCACAUCCUUCUCCACCUCCCUGUUAUCCAAAGCUACACCCCCCUCGUGUCCCUCCCCCUGUCCACAUCCCUGUCCCUACCUACGUUCUUGCCCCCAUCCAUGGCCACGUCCCCAUUCGUGUCCCUUUCCUUGUCCCCAGCCCCAUCCCUCUUCCCAUUCAUGGCCAUAUUCUCACUCACAUCUCCAUUUGCAUCCCCAGCCCCAUCCCUGACCCCAUCUCUGUCCCCACAUCUGGGCCAUGCCUCUCCUCACAUUUUGACCAUCCCUGUCCCCACAUCUGAACAGACCCCAUCCCCAUACCUAGGCCAUCCCUGUCCCAGUGUCUGUGCUGUCUCUGUUCCCACAUCUGGGCCAUCCCUGUCCCCACAUCUGGACCAUCCCUGUCCCCACAUCUGGGCCAUCCCUGUCCCCACAUCUGGACAAUCUCUGUCCCCAAAUCUGUGCUGUCUCUAUACCCACACCAGACCAUUCCUGUCCCCACAUCUGGGUUGUUCCUUCCCCCCACCUGGACCAUUCCUAUUCCUAUACCUGUGCCAUCCCCAUCCCCACAUACGGACCAUCUCUGUCCCCACAUCUGUACCUUUCCUAUCCCCACAUCUGUGCUGUUCGUGUCCUCACAUCUGGACCAUCCCUGUCCCCAUAUCUGUGCCAUCCCCAUCCCCACAUCUGGGCCAUCUCUAUCCCAACAUCUGGGCCGUCCCUGCUGCUUACAGCCCCCCACACCUCUCCCCACCCCAGGGACGCACUGUGGGACCAGGCAGCCCUCAUCCCCCCACACCCUGCAAUGAGGGGCCGGGGUCUCGUGGGACGAUACUGAGCAGUGCCUCCAGCCAUGGCCGCGCUGCUGAAGGCCGUUCUGAGCGCCUCGGAGAAGGCGGCUGAGAUCGCACGGCUGUGCCGGGACGCGGAGCCGCUCUUCCGACUGCUGGUGGCCGAGAAAACCGGAGCGGAUCGGAACCAGCGCUUCUCCCACGACUUCAAGACUCUGGCGGAUGUCCUCAUCCAGGAGGUCAUCCGGCACGACCUGGGUGCCAAGUUCCCUGAGCUGCGCGGCCACAUCGGCGGCGAAGAGUCCAACGAGUUCACCAACGCCAACGGAGACACGGUGGCGGUGCGGGUGUGCGGUACGGUGGGUGAAACGGCAGCGCUGCUGGGCUCCGUGCUGCACCCCGAACGGGAGGCGGCGGAGCUGCUGGCGGCCGCGGCGCACCGGGAGGUGGCAGUCGGGGACGCGGCGCUGGAUGGCAUCACCGUCAGCAUCGCCCCCGGGGAUGUGGCCGUCUGGAUCGAUCCCAUCGAUUCCACCAACGAGUACAUCGUGGGCCGUGAGGAUGUUGUCCCCCGGGAUGGCAUCGCGCCGUCGGGGCUCUGCUCGGCGCUGGUGCUCAUCGGUGCCUAUGAACGCAGCAGUGGUCGCCCCGUGCUGGGUGUCAUCAACGAGCCGUUCCACCGCCGCCACCCCCAGACACGUGGGUGGCAGGGCCGCUACCAUUGGGGUAUUGCCUACCGGGGCACCCACCUCUCCUCUCUGAGCCCCCCACCACCACCACAACCCCCUCCCCGUGUGGUGCUGAGCCGGGCAGAGGCGCAGGAGGUGCGGGAUGCCCUGGCUUCACUCAGUGGAGGUCACCUCCAUUUCGCUGCCGGUGCCGGUUACAAGAUGCUGUGUGUCAUCCUGGGACAUGCGGAUGCCUACGUCCUCUCCGGGGGGAGCACCUUUGCAUGGGAUGCCUGUGCCCCCCACGCCAUCCUGUGUGCUCGGGGGGGUGUGGUGGCCCUGGGGGAUGCCCUGAGGGCACGGAGGGAGGGGGACAUGAGGACGCUCCCCCAGCUGACCUACAACCGCCCGACUGAGGGGGGUGGGGCUGAACGUUGGGCCACUGGGGGGCUGGUGGCCUACGUGCACCCCCAGCACUUGGAGGCGGUGCUGGAGGUGCUGGCAGCCGUGCCAGGGCUUUGAGUGGGGAGGGGUUGG